UGACACCUGUUCACCCAUAUCCAGUGAUGACAAUAUCAGCUCCAAUACUAAUUCCUCUUGCAAUGGAUCAGAGAAUAUGAUUUUGGGUUCUGCCCAACACUUGUCCUAUCUAUUCGAUACAGCAAUAAAGUCUGGUCAGCAGGAAAUCUUAGACUGGUAUAAUUAUUCACUUGAAUUCGAGAGCAGGGUAAAUGCUCUUACUGCUGAUGGUAGAAUCAAAGAUAAAAUGGCAAGAUCAAAGAUUUACAAGGAAAUGAAACCAUUUCUUUCUGCUAAAAUCACACAAGAUAACUUGCGCAAGAAAACUCUUAGGGCUAGAAAACACCUCACGUUAUUUGGAAAAAAUUGUCAUGUGACUUUGAAAACCGUUCUCUCAGGAAACGAUCAGAUUAAGGAUGAGAUGAGUACAUCGGCAAGUGUAUCAUCUGCAUCCCAAUCCCGCUCUUCUGGAGCCUCUAAGCCCGAUCAUUCCUAUUUUCGCAACAAGAUAUUGGAUCAAUAUCCUAAUCUAUAUAGAGAAUGUAGUAGUGAAAAUUUUGAUUAUUAUGGGAUUACUGAUGAGACAUCAGGGGACUAUAUCUGCCCAUUAUGCAAAUUAGGUCAUGAUGAUGAAGAAAUAGAAGGUAGGUAUAAAGCAGGAUCUUACUUUAUUAAAUGUGAACAGCGUGAAAUUGAGAUAGUUGUGUAG